AGUUACGAGGAAAAUUGCGGCGCGCCAACUUGGGAAAUGAGUUGCGUGGUGCCCUAGUCGCAGUCCGGUUCCGAGCAGCAGCAUCCACCUUACACCGUGCACCAUACACAACUAAGGCCAACAAAGCCCCCAAGGAUUAGGCUGCAACGAAGUGUGACCAAAGUGUGAUCUAUUAACACUUUCAGUUGCCCCCAACAAAAUCUCAACUCGUAAAAAUUUAUAUCAAGCAAAAAGAUUGCAAAAAAGAAUCAACAGCAAAAGUAGCAGUGAAAACACAUAAAGAAUUAAUAAAAGACUAAAAAACAAAACGGAAAAUAAAUAAAUUCAACAAUCAUGUCCGCCUCUACGCGAAGUUCGGUGACGAGAAAAUCAUCGCUGAGCAAAAUUUCCACAGCGGAAAAAUCUACAAAGUCCUCGACAAGCUCCUCAAAGACCACAUCGACAGCAGCAACAGCAGCCCCACCAAAUGGAGGAAGCAAACAGAAAAUGCAGUACACAAAAACCAGGGAGCGCAUGGUCGAUGAUGUCCCGUUGCCGCCCACACACAAGCUUACCAUGUCCGAGGUCUACGACGACGAGAAGACGGGCAAACCUAAUUUUGAUGUACUGCGCAAGCAUUUCCUGCUCGAGGGCCGUGUCGAGGAGUCGGUGGCCCUGCGCAUCAUCAAUGAGGGCGCCAACCUGCUGCGCGAGGAGAAGAACAUGAUCGACGUCGAGGCCCCCAUCACCGUCUGUGGCGACAUUCACGGACAGUUCUUCGAUUUGGUCAAACUUUUCGAGGUUGGCGGACCCCCAGCCACCACAAGAUAUCUCUUCCUAGGCGACUACGUAGACAGGGGAUACUUCAGCAUAGAGUGCGUUCUGUAUCUGUGGUCCCUGAAGAUAACCUACCCCACCACACUGUCGCUGCUGCGAGGCAAUCACGAGUGCCGACACCUCACGGAAUACUUCACCUUCAAGCAGGAGUGCAUCAUCAAAUAUUCGGAAAGUAUUUACGAGGCCUGCAUGGAAGCGUUCGACUGCCUUCCCCUGGCCGCCCUGCUCAACCAGCAGUUUCUGUGCAUCCACGGCGGUCUGUCGCCAGAGAUUUUCACACUCGACGAUAUCAAGACGCUAAAUCGAUUCAGAGAACCACCGGCAUAUGGACCCAUGUGCGAUCUGCUGUGGUCCGAUCCACUGGAGGACUUUGGCAACGAGAAGACGAGCGAGUUUUUCUCCCACAACUCUGUGCGAGGCUGUUCCUACUUCUUCAGCUAUUCGGCCUGCUGUGAAUUCCUGCAGAAAAACAAUCUGUUGUCCAUAGUGAGAGCACACGAAGCCCAGGAUGCGGGCUACCGCAUGUAUCGGAAGAAUCAGGUAACUGGCUUCCCCUCACUCAUCACCAUCUUCUCCGCCCCCAAUUAUUUGGAUGUUUACAACAACAAGGCAGCUGUGCUCAAGUACGAGAACAACGUGAUGAACAUUAGGCAGUUCAACUGCUCCCCCCAUCCCUACUGGCUGCCCAACUUCAUGGAUGUCUUCACAUGGUCAUUGCCCUUCGUGGGCGAGAAGGUAACCGAGAUGCUCGUGAAUAUCCUCAACAUUUGCUCGGAUGACGAGCUGGUGUCCGGACCCGAUGACGAGCUGGAGGAAGAGCUGCGCAAGAAAAUUGUGCUGGUGCCGGCGAACGCGAAUAAUACCAAUAACAAUAAUCCGCCCAGUAAGCCAGCUUCCAUGUCAGCGCUGCGCAAAGAGAUAAUACGGAAUAAAAUACGGGCCAUUGGCAAGAUGUCGCGCGUCUUCUCGAUUCUCAGAGAGGAAUCUGAGAGCGUGCUUCAACUGAAGGGUCUGACGCCUACCGGCGCCUUGCCAGUGGGUGCGUUGUCUGGUGGAAAGGAUUCCCUGAAGGAGGCUCUUCAAGGACUAACCGUUGCCUCGCACAUCCACUCGUUCGCUGAGGCCAAGGGCCUAGAUGCGGUCAAUGAACGUAUGCCGCCACGUCGCCCACUGCUGAUGAGUGCCAGCAGCAGCAGCAUAACGACAGUCAGCAGUACCAGCACCAGCAACAACAACCACACUAAUAAUAACAGUAAUAAUAAUAAUAAUACAACGACGAAGAACAGCAACAGCAACAGCAGUAGCAGUAAUGCCACCACAACCGUGACCAAGACGAGCAGCAGCAGCAGCAGCAGGAGCACCGUAAAAUCGGCCACAACCAGCAAUGUGCGGGCCGGAUUCACCUCCAAGAAAUUCUCAUAAUUCAGAGAGAUUCUUGAUCCACCUCCACCUACUCCUACUCUCCUGAAAUGAUUAUGAUUUAAUGUUAAUGUUUGAUUUUCUGUUAUCUAGAUCUACUUUUGUUAGCUACCAAUUUUAUACAAGAAUUCUGUGCUACAGCUAGUCAUCUGAGGGAGGCCUCAUACGUACGAGUAGAAUAUCUCCCUACCUUAAACCUGCAACUGCAAUAUUAGCAAAAAUUUAUACGUGACAUGACAAAAUAUAGUUCAAUAAAAAUGGCAGCAAAUAGCUCAAC